CUCCACAGUACCAGUACUGGCACGGUACUCCGGACCACCGGGUCGCUCGAACAUCGCGCCGUUUCCAUCGGGAACCGUUUUCACCGGAUAUCGAUAUCCGUGUUUACGCGACAGCGCAUCGACGGCCGACGUUCGACUCGGGUUUAACCGGAUCUGAACACGAUUUUCGACCGGGUGCAAUACGAUCCAGCGCUGGAUCUGUGGCAAGUCAACGCAUCACGACGGUGGCUGCUACUUUCAGCUGCUGCUAAAACGUGACCCGACACUAGAUUAUCGGCCGUCGUGAUUGGGUAUUCGUUCGAAAUAAAUGGCCGCUAAUGGUAUUUCUGGUAGGUGUCUCGGCCGAUAAUGCGCGUAUCCGGUGCAGCUAGCAUUAAAGCGACGAAAACAGCGCGUUGCUAGCCACUUCGUUGCCUCUGUCUCGCUAAUGAUUCAACGUUUUAAUCGUUCUCGUCAAACUGUCCACGUCUGCGAGCGGAUCAUCGCCGUUUGGAUCACGUACCACCGGGAUAAGGCAUUCUAGACGAGCAACGUCGCGCAUGCAGACGAUGCAACAACGAUGGUGUGCGUCGUCGUCCGCUGAGAUUGGCCUUGCCUAGAGAUUUCAGAUGUUGGAACGCUGCGAAGUUAGAUCUCUCAGAAAAGUUUGCGGAUCUGGAUCUGAUUAUCUCGUAUUAAAAUAACAGCCACCGAGUAACGCCAAAGACCAAGCUCACCUCCGACUCGAAGGAAAAGCCUUUAAGUCGUUGGGCAAAAUUGUGACCGUUGUCCGCGAAAAAUGGAUAACGGUGAAAAUUCUGCGCGGCGAAUGAGGAUAUUAGCCGACGACAUUCGUAUUACAAUUUCAACAAACAGACACUAACUUGGCGAACUCGAAGAAGUCGACUAGCCAAGAUCGCCUUGAAUAGAAGAUUCAUAUCUCGCGGAUCUCCUCGUACCGGUGGACCAUGGUACGCUAUUUAAGGAGAUGAUAGCCGACAUACAUUGAAGAGCCUGCUGGAACUGAGAGGAUUAUAUCUCGUACGUCAUGGAGGAACACGUAAACCAGACUGCGAAUUCGUCCACCGACGGGUUGGCGUUCACCGAUGCCUCGAUCAUCCUCACGACUAUGGUUCUUGGUCUCCUGAUAUCCGUCACCAUUAUUGGGAACCUGUUCGUGAUAGCAGCGAUCCUGCUCGAGCGAAAUCUACAGUCAGUGGCGAAUUAUUUGAUCGUCAGUUUGGCUGUCGCUGAUCUUAUGGUCGCUUGCCUGGUCAUGCCCCUUGGAGCAGUUUACGAGAUAAACGCGGGAUGGUCGUUGGGGCCCGGGCUUUGCGACAUGUGGACCAGCAGCGACGUUCUCUGCUGCACUGCCUCGAUAUUGCAUCUGGUGGCUAUCGCGGUCGACAGAUAUUGGGCAGUCACCGAUCUCAAUUAUAUACAGGCAAGGAAUCCACGACGGAUCGGUAUGUUGAUCGUCGCCGUCUGGUUGGUGUCCUUAGGAAUCUCGUUGGCGCCUCAACUUGGCUGGAAGGAUCCUGAUUAUUUGGACCGUAUAGCGGAUGGGACGUGUCUCGUGUCGCAGGACCCUGCAUACCAGAUUUUUGCCACGUGCGCCACUUUCUACCUGCCGCUGCUCGUUAUUCUAUUCCUGUACUGGAGGAUAUUUCAGGCGGCACGAAAGCGAAUCAGAAAGAGACCAGGAACUAUCGUGCAACCACCUCGUGAAAGAAGAGGCAUCCUUAGACUCGUCACAAGAAGACCGAGGGAGGAAUCAACAGCGUUCACCAUAACAAGAUCCACGCCGGACCAUUCGUCGAUCUCGCCGGAGAAGUCAUCGUCGUACAACGGCGCGAACGCGACGCAGUCGACCACCGUCACACCGUCAACGGUGUCAACGACAACGACUACCACGACGACUACCGUCACCAAUCCUUCUAGCAGCCAUUCGACCUCCUCGAGCAAGAAAACACGCGAGACGAUCGAGUCGAAACGCGAGAGGAAAGCUGCGAAAACGCUCGCGAUAAUCACCGGGGCGUUCGUCGCGUGUUGGUUGCCUUUCUUCUUGGUCGCGUUGCUUCGUGCCACGUGCGAGGCCUGCGAGCCACCGGAGCUAAUAGCGAGCGUCUUCCUGUGGCUGGGCUACUUCAACAGCACCCUGAACCCUGUGAUAUACACGGUAUUUUCACCAGAGUUCAGGCAAGCCUUCAAGAGGAUACUUUGCGGUGGUUCCAGGAUAAUUCGCUGACAGUGGAUUUAAAUUCGAUGAAAAAUGAAACGCGACAAGAGAAUGAGCAAUGUGCGAGUGAGUGAAAUUGAACAGAUGCAUGGAUGAAUGAUGAACGAUCAUCUUAUACAUAAAACAGUUACUAUUAAUUCCUUUCUCUCCUUUGGAAUAGUUCAAAUGCUACGUUCAAAUGCCGUAUCGUACUUAGGCAAACCUUAGAGAUACCGUAGAAAUUUGUCCCCUGAAAGAUUUCGUUCGAACGACGAGUUUAUCGGCCAUUUGGAUGCUGAUCGAGGCUAACACUUUCGCUGCUAUUGACGUAUAUUGUGUGCCGAUUUAAUUAUCUAAGGAUUAGCGAUCCCGUCGACGCACACGGUACGUUGCUCUGAUUAUUUCACAGUAGAAGGCUCUACUGGCGCAAUUGUUGAGCUUUCGCGUGUUAUAGAAUGACCUAAAAAGACUAGAAGAAAGCGCGGAAUAAAGAAAUAAUUGUUACUCAAGAUAAAGACGCUUUCGAUGAAGAAAAAUUUGCAAUUCCAGAAAUGGACAAGUAAUAUUUAAAUACAUAGCAGCGAAUGUGUUCAAAAUUUACACGUAGUCGACGUUGCCCGGGAGAGUUUCCCGUGCAACGACGCGAUUUUUAGAAAUUAAAAGACAUUUUGCGUGGCCGAUUCGACGGCUGUUUCCAUCGAAACGACUGUUUCUAAUAUAACGCUGCAUCUUACGCGAAGAAUCCCGUCUUUGAAAUAGCUCUGUAUUCCUCGGAUAUAUCUAACAAUAAAAUAAAGAUACUUUAUCUACUAACGUUUAAUUAACGACUGGAAGGACCGCCAAAAUACUUUCGAACAGAAUGGGGCGGAUCAAAAGCGGAGAAACGAGAGAGCGAUUGAAAUCUCGGAUUGGUGGAUUACCAGUGACCCAGUUGACGCCUUUACGAUAGUUCCGAUCGAUUAUUUCAAGAUUUCAAUGAAGGGAACGUCGUCUGAAUAGAAUUGUCUAGUAACUUAUGCUUUACGAUUAACGUACGAUGAAACAGGAAAAUUUCAUUCGAUUUACUGUAAUUCCUAGAUCCACAGAAAUUGCUGGUGAUUUAAUUAGACGAUACGUCAACGAUCUAUUAUGUGAUCGAUAUAUUAUGUAAAUUAGAACUAUCGUAUAUUUACCGAGGCACGUCGAGAGGAAAGGUAAUUAAAAUCGAUUAAUUUCUCCUGAUUGCUCGAAUCGUUCGAAAUAUUGGCGUCACGAAUAACGUAUACGCAACAACUAUCGCGUACAUAUGUAUAAACGUUCAUUUCUUUCGUUGCUGCUCACAAAAUCGUUCUGAGAUCGUCUUAAAAAAAAAA